CAUGAAGCUGACAGACUCAAGUGGACCUUCAGUAGUGUAUGAAGCUUCCUCAUGCUGCUGUCACAAAUGGAAAAGACAAUGAUCGAUUUCUAACUACUGCAGUACACAAUCAGCAUCUGAUAACUCCGGUAUGGCUUCAGUUGGGCAAAUCAUCUUUUGGAGCAUGAUUGUCCUCAUAUUUGUAAUGGCUGGAUUUAUAAUUCUCCUUUUGGCGAUUGCAUUUUCCGUGUCUCAAGGCUCUGUGGAGACUAAUACACCUUUUCCUGUGGGCAACCUGGGAUACAAUGUGAUCCUGAACUGCAAAUUCCAAACCACAACUGGGAAAGUUCCCUCUGAUGUUACGAUCACCUGGCAAAAGGACGGUCUCACUGGGGUAGUUUAUCAAUACCAGGACAACGCAGGUCAUUUACAGGAGCAGAACCCACAGUUCAAAAACAAAGUUAAACUUUUCCCAGAUGCUAUCCCUUCAGGCAACGCUUCCCUUCUCUUAAUGAUGGUAAAGAUGGAGGAUGAGGGAUUGUAUCGCUGUAGUGUGACCACUUCUGGAGUCAUGGGUACAGUUAGCAUUCAUCUUAGAGUGGGUGCUUUCUCAGCUCCCUCUAUAACCAGGUCAAACAACAGCCUGAUAGCCCACGCUGAAAGAUGGCUACCCAAACCUGAUGUAAACUGGUCAGACCAGAAUGGAACACGUUUACGCAGUAGCACUCAGUUUGAAAAGAUACAGAUGGGGAUUUUGAAUGUAACGAGCAAUCUCCAAGUCCAAGUGACUGAAGGGACCUACACCUGUGUCAUCCAAAAUGCUCUGGUCUCAGCUAUCUCUGAAGCAACAGUCAGAGGUAAUGAAGUUUUGACAAGGACUGACUUCAUAUUUAAUUCAUCAUCAAACAUCAUCACAUCACAUGUAAUUAGCACAGCCUUCAUCCUUUUCUGUGUGUUGGUAUGGUGAAGUUAUAUCUGGUGGAUAUGCCAUAGGUUAUUAGCAGAGAUAUGAUUCACAUUGAGUUGUACCAAGCUUUGGUAAAUAAGCUUCUCCUGAUAUUUAACUUUAGUUUGUGGCAUUUAUGUUUUGGGGUCAGUAUACAAAAGCAUGAAUGACAGAGAACAGCCGCCAAAUGUCCCUUUCAACUUUUUCUGUAAAUAACAUUUAAGAUUACCUGAAAUAAACAUCAGUAAUGACUA